AUGCCUCCCCGUGGAUCCCGUAAAGCGGCGACCAGCGCUGUCUCUCAAUCGCCACCACGCUCGCCUCAAGGCCCUGGAGCUCAUAAACGAAAGAUUGAAGACAACCACGAGCCGAAAUCCCCAUUAAGGAGAUCGAAACGCGUCAAAUCAACAGAGGUUUUACGAAACUCGCCUUCACCGGCUAAAGAAAAGGUUGUUCCCAGAGGACGAAAGUCGCAGAGUGGACAGUCUCAGAAGGGUGCGUCGAAAAGCAACGAAGACGGUCUAGUACUCUCCGUGAAAGAAGAGGUCGAGGAGGAAGUAAAGGUCACCGUCAAGGCAGAGAUUGAUCAGACAGGCGUGACAAAGCAUGAAGAAGCAGAUGAUAAGACGGCAGUGACAGGAACGGUUUCAAAGAAAAGAAAGACGAAGAAGGAAAAGGAAUCAGAGAUGGUGCCCCUGAGAGCAAGGACACAGGGGCUGCGCAUGUGCGUAGGGGCCCAUGUCAGUGCAGCCAAAGGUGUCUUCAAUGCCAUCAACAACAGUAUGCAUAUUGGCGGCAACGCAUUUGCCUUGUUCCUGAAGUCACAAAGGAAAUGGGACAACCCGCCCCUGCAAGAUGACCACAGAGAUACUUUCCGCCGUCUAUGCAUAGAGAACAAAUAUGACGCUGCAAAGCACAUUCUUCCUCACGGCUCAUAUCUCGUCAACCUGGCGCAAGAAGAUAAAGCCAAGGCGAAGCAAGCCUACGAUUCUUUCCUGGAUGACCUUCGUCGCUGUGAAGCACUCGGCAUCAACCUAUACAACUUCCACCCAGGAAGUGCUAACCAGAGCAAUUUCUCUGAUGCAUUAUCACGACUCGCCAAAGCACUUACAAAUGCCCUUGCUGCUACGUCAACAGUCACGCCUGUUCUUGAGACCAUGUGCGGCCACGGAACCACAAUUGGUGGCAAGCUGACUGAAUUCCGCGAUCUCCUUGCCAUGAUUCCACAGGAGUAUCAUGACCGUAUCGGAAUCUGCAUUGAUACCUGCCACAGCUUCGCGGCAGGAUAUGACCUCGCUUCGCCAGAAGGAUUCAAAGCCUUCAUGAAAGAGUUCGAAGACGUGAUUGGUCUGCAGCAUCUCCGUGCUCUUCACUUGAACGACUCCAAAGCACCACGGGGUAGCAAACGUGAUCUUCAUGCAAACAUUGGAACAGGAUUCCUGGGUCUUAGAGCUUUUCACAAUGUUAUGAACGAACCCCGCUUCGAGGGACUGCCAAUGGUUCUUGAGACACCUAUCGAUCGACCAGUGUCCGCGAUAUCUAAGGGCUCCGCACAAAAAGGUGGCGAAGACAGUGACAGCACGGCCGACACUCCGAAAAACAAGAAGAAACAGCCGAAAAGGCCGGCUAGCGCGAAGGAGCCAACAGUCGCUGAUCCCUCCGUCUGGGCCCGGGAGAUUGAACUCCUUGAAUCCCUGAUCGGGAUGGACCCCGAAAGUCCAGAAUUUCGUGCCCUUGAAGCUCAAUUAGCUGAAGAAGGACGCGAAAUGCGUGAGAAGCAGCAGGAGCAAUACGAACGAAAGUUAGACGCCGAAGAGAAAAAGAAAACCAAGAGUCCGAGAAAGAAAGGCCAGAAAACCUUGAUGGAAAUGAUGGGCGGAGCAGGAAAGAAGGGCAAAGCAAAGAAGGCUUCGAAUGAUGACAGCGAAGAUGAGGGAUGUCAGAGUCACACCGAGUAG